AUGGCUGAGGAUGAGCAACCCAGCUGCGAUGGCCAACCCGUCGACCUGGGCAUGCGUGGCCUCCGCGUGGCCUCCAUCUUCAUCAUCCUCGUGGCCUCUCUCGUCGGAGCCCUCACGCCCGUGCUUUUGGCGCGGCAGAGCAAGAUGCACGUUCCCAAGUUCACCUUUUUUGUUUGCAAGUACAUAGGCACUGGCGUCAUCAUCGCGACCGCGUGGAUGCAUCUGCUGGACCCGGCCAUAGACCAGCUAGGCAACCGUUGUGUCAAAGACCGUUGGCUCGGAGACUACCCCUGGGCUCUGUGCAUUGCCCUGAUGACCAUCAUGGUCAUGUUCUUUGUCGAGUUGAUGGUGGCUCGCUUCGACCAUGAUGACGAAGCUUCCCACAGUCACGCCGUCGGAUCCGACUCCAACUCUGACCUGAACGAGGCCUUGGCCCUCAAGAGGUCAUCCAAGGAGACGGACAAGAAGCGGGUUGAAGCCGAGCCGUGCCGUCACGACAUCGAGAGCCAGGGCGGCGGUGCGCGUCGAGGCCCCGACCCGACCACGAUCCCGGGCCGCCCCGACGACGUUAGCUACCCCCCGGGCGGUGAAGACCAUCUCGCGCACGGCAAGGAUCACAAGGAGGGCGACUCGCACACCUCGCUGACUUCGCAGCUGACUGCCAUCUUCAUUCUCGAGUUUGGCGUCGUGUUCCACAGCGUCUUCAUCGGCCUCACGCUCGGGACCACUGGUUCCGACGAGCUCAAGAUUCUUCUCGUCGUUUUGGUCUUUCAUCAGAUGUUUGAGGGCCUGGGGUUGGGGUCUCGGAUCGCCGUUGCCAGCUGGCCCCCAAGCAAGCAGUGGCUGCCGUAUGCUCUGGCUCUUGGCUUUGCGCUUUCCACCCCCGUUGGCAUCGCUGCCGGCAUCGGCGCUCAGCCCACGAAUGCUGCCACUCAGAAACUCGUCAACGGCAUCUUUGACUCCAUUUCGGCCGGUAUCCUCAUGUACACCGGUCUGGUCGAGCUCCUCGCACACGAAUUCAUGUUCAACCCUCACAUGCGCCGCGCACCCCUCAAGAUUCAGCUGUUUGCCUUUGGGUGCGUUGCGUUUGGCGUGGCUAUCAUGGCGUUGCUGGCAAAGUGGGCGUAA